GCCCGAGUGAUCAAGGCGUCUGCAGCGGGAGGACCCGGCUCCGAACGGCCGGCCCGGGGGCGCCCUUUGGAGGAAGGGCCUGUGCCCUAUCCGGAGCCGCAGGCGGACUAUGAAGGGCGGAGUCCCGGGGGAGGAGCUGACCCUCAUUCCCCACUCCCCGGCUCCCCAAUUUACCCCAGGCCUCAGCCUGGGAUCCCUCAGGGACUCCCCGGAACCGCCGCUUCCCCCAUGGACUUGCCUGGGAACUCCAGCCCUUCUACACAGCCAAGCCUAUGCCGUCAGCCUCUAGCUCGAGCAUUAUGGGAAGCCAGGAGCCCGAAAAGACCGAGGCUGCAGCCUUUGGGGACCCCUUCAUCCCUGGAAAAGGCCUCCCGGAGGGUCCUGGCCGUGGUGCUGGAGGAUGUCAUGGCUACAAAAAGGGUCCCCCUGACAUACAAAGAGGGCAUUCCCAGCCCACGGAAUCCCAACCAUCAUCAGGAUUCUGUCUGCACACAGUCACUGGCUUUACCAUCCCAGGUCAAGUGGUCCUUGCAAGCCAGGCCUCCUGACCCACUGCAUCUGUGCAGAGAACCCUUGAGUCGUAUCCGCCAGUCCUCACCCACCUUGAGAAUGAGGUCAAGGACAUCCCCGGGCCCAGAGGAGAGCCCUUCACAAAAGACAGACCAGGUUCCCCAGCCUACCCUGUUGGUGGUACUGGAAGACAUUGCCGGUGCCAGACAACCAACUGAGGAUUUUGAUGAAGAUCGGCCCAACCUCAUUGUCCCGGCACAAAGCACCGUCAGAAGCCUUAAGGGCCAGGGCAAGCACAGCCAUAGACAGGAUCUGGACUCAGAAGCACCCCCAAAUCUUACUUUGUCCCUUCACCCCAGAGCUGAGCUUAUGACAAAAGCUGAUCAGCCAGUGCCUACACCCAGUGACCUAGAACCCCCAUUCCAACUUUCUACUCUACCUGCAGAUCCUCCAGAGAGCCCAGUACCGGAUCCUGCUCUGGAGACCCCACUGACCCCAACAUCGUCCAGCCUUUUACGACCCCGUCUCAGUCCCUGGGGCUUGGCCCCUCUCUUCAGAUCCGUCCGAUCAAAGCUUGAGAGCUUUGCUGAUAUCUUCCUCACACCUAACAAAGCACCACAGCCUCCACCUCCUUCACCUCCCAUGAAAUUGGAGUUGAAGAUUGCCAUCUCAGAGGCUGAGCAGUCCAGGGCUUCUGAGAAAAUUACGUCUGUCAGCCCCCGGCCCCCUAUCCGCCAAUGGCGGACUCAGUGCAGUUCCCUAGCACUUGUCCCUAAGUUAUCUCUGGGACGAAGCUCCUCCUGCCCUGAUCUAGGGCCCCCUGACCCAGGCAGCUGGCCGCCUGUUCCAUCCCAGCCAAGCCAGUCCAGGCCCCGAAGACACACUGUGGGUUGUGGGGAGAUGGCCCGGACACCACCACCACCUCCUCGGCCCUGUCUCCGGAAAGAAGUCUUCCCUCUUGGAGGAGUAGGAGUCUCGCCUUCUCUCACUACAUCUUGCUCAGCCAAUGCCUCUGCUUCCUCCUGCGAGCCAGCAGAACCCAGAUUGGGGUCAACGAAGGGGAAGGAGUUAAGAGCCUCAAAAGACAAGGUGUUUUCUGAUCCCGAGACCAAGACCAUGGGGAAGGUUUCUAGAUUCAGAAUACGGAGGACACCUGUCCGUCUCCAACCAAACCUUACACCAAUGGGGCUGCCUCGACCAAUCAGGUUGAAUAAGAAGGAGUUCACAUUGGAAGAAAUUUAUACCAAUAAGAAUUACCAAUCACCCACGACCAGAAGGACCUUCGAGACCAUCUUUGAGGAGCCACGGGAGCGCAAUGGAACUCUCAUUUUUACCAGCUCUAAGAAGCUCCGGAGGGCAGUAGAAUUCCGAGACAGUAGCCUUCCUCGAUCCCGGCGACCAUCACGAGGGGUCCGCGCUGCAGCAAGCAGAACCCUUCCUCCCAAUCUGGCACCUAGCCAAGACAUGGGCUCUCUCCUGCAGGAAAGGCUGAAGGAGCUCGAUGCCUUGCUCCUGGAAGAGGACAUAGACAGGGAAUACCCUCGUCACCUUUAGGAGCUCCAACUAUUCAUCCAUCCGUCCUUUAGGGAGGGGAGAAAUCUCUGAAUCAAUUGUAUUUUUUUCUCUAUAUUUCUAUAAAGUUUUCAAUAUA